CACGGCGGCAGAGGGCGCAGGCGGCUAGGCUCGCCCGGCCCGGUCGACUGUUGGGCUGUUCCGCUCGGACCCCGGCCCUGGCUUUGGCCCAGCGAUGGGAGCUGCUCCCCGGAGGCUGAGCUGGUCAGCAUCCUCAACUGGCGCUCACCCCUGAAGUCCGAGAAGUGCCCCUGCCCACCCACACCCUUCUUGCCCAGGUUUGGGGUCGCCUCCAUCUAUCGGGUCCUCAGCCCUAUUGGCCACCCAGUCCAGUUCAAAGGAACAGAACGAUGAUACUGGCUUCCGUGCUGGGGAGCGGACCCCGGAGUGGGCCACCCCUCCGGCCUCUCUUGGGGCCCGCACUCUCGCUCCGGGCCCGCUCCACAUCAGCCACUGAUACCCACCACGUGGAGAUGGCACGGGAGCGCUCUAAGACCGUCACCUCCUUUUACAACCAGUCAGCCAUCGACGUGGCAGCGGAGAAGCCCUCGGUCCGUCUCACUCCAACCAUGAUGCUCUAUUCAGGCCGCUCUCAGGAUGGCAGUCACCUUCUGAAAAGUGCCCGCUACUUGCAGCAGGAGUUACCAGUGAGGAUCGCUCACCGCAUCAAGGGCUUCCGCAGCCUUCCUUUCAUCAUUGGCUGCAACCCCACCAUACUGCACGUGAGCAUCCUUGUGAAUUCCCACACCUCUUCCUUGCAGCACGAGCUGUACAUCCGUGCCUUCCAGAAGCUGACAGACUUCCCUCCGAUCAAGGACCAGGCGGAUGAGGCCCGAUACUGCCAACUGGUGCGACAGCUGUUGGAUGACCACAAGGAUGUGGUGACCCUCUUAGCGGAAGGCCUGCGUGAGAGCCGGAAGCACAUAGAGGAUGAGAAGCUCGUCCGCUACUUCUUAGACAAGACGUUGACUUCAAGGCUUGGGAUCCGUAUGCUGGCCACCCACCAUCUGGCGCUACACGAGGACAAGCCCGACUUUGUUGGCAUCAUCUGCACUCGCCUGUCACCGAAGAAGAUUAUUGAAAAGUGGGUGGACUUUGCCAGACGCCUGUGUGAGCACAAGUAUGGCAAUGCACCCCGAGUCCGUAUCAACGGACACGUGGCUGCCCGUUUCCCCUUCAUCCCAAUGCCACUGGACUACAUCCUACCUGAGCUGCUCAAGAACGCCAUGAGAGCCACAAUGGAAAGUCACCUUGACACUCCCUACAAUGUCCCAGAUGUCGUCAUCACCAUCGCCAACAAUGAUAUCGAUCUCGUCAUCAGGAUUUCAGACCGGGGCGGGGGAAUUGCUCACAAAGACCUGGAUCGGGUGAUGGACUACCACUUCACUACAGCUGAGGCCAGCACCCAGGACCCGAGGAUCAGCCCCCUCUUCGGCCACCUGGACACGCAAAGUGGUGGCCAGUCUGGACCCAUGCACGGCUUUGGCUUCGGGCUGCCCACUUCACGGGCCUACGCAGAGUACCUCGGUGGUUCCCUUCGGCUGCAGUCACUGCAGGGCAUUGGCACAGAUGUCUACCUGCGGCUCCGUCACAUCGAUGGCCGGGAAGAAAGCUUCCGCAUCUGACCUCGCAGCCCUAGGCCAGUUGGCCUGCCCAGGCUGGGCUACACUCCCUGCCAGGACCUCCCGGACCUUGCAGGGUACCACCCUGCUCCACACUGCUGCAUCUCGGGUCUUAGGGCCCCAAACAGGUGGACUUACAUGGAGCCAGGCACCGGCCCUCUUUCAUAGGGUCCACUGCUUCCCUGCCUCCAGGCCUUAGAGGGGAGGAAGUGGGGACCCUUGAGGUCUCCCGCACCAGCUCCGUCAUUCUCGUUCCUGGGGAACCCCACUUUGACCUGCUGUUUGUUAUUAAAGUUCACAUUUUGAAUGCCCUCUCAGGCCCCGUGUGUGGGGAGGGCAGAUGAA